UUUCCCGUGAUUCUUGGCAUAAGAGGCGUAGUACUGGUGGCAAGAAAAAGGCAAUCCGUAAAAAGAGGAAAUAUGAACUUGGCCGACCACCAGCCAAUACUAAGCUUGGAAGCAAGCGAAUCCACAAUGUGAGAACUCGUGGAGGAAACCAAAAAUUCAGAGCUUUGAGACUGGACACUGGAAACUACUCAUGGGGAUCAGAAAGGGUUACUCGCAAAACUCGUCUGAUUGAUGUUGUUUACAAUGCCAGUAACAACGAGUUGGUACGAACCAAGACUCUUGUGAAGAACUGCAUUGUCCAAGUAGAUUCCACUCCUUUCAGACAGUGGUAUGAAUCUCAUUAUGGUGUGCCCCUUGGUCGUAAGAAGACGGCUAAAGCAGUUGAAAUUGAGGAAAGUGAUGUGCUGAACAAAAAACGAUCACGUCACUGUCAACACAAGAUGGAGACACGCAAAACAGCAGCCAAGAUUUCACCUCAACUUGAAGAGCAGUUUACUACCGGACGAUUGUAUGCUUGUGUGUCCUCCCGACCUGGCCAGAGUGGACGAUGUGACGGUUACAUCCUUGAGGGCAAAGAACUCGAGUUUUAUGUGCGUAAAAUCAAGGCAAAGAAGGCCAAGUAGAAAGUCCAGCUCUGAAAUUUGUACAAACAAAAAUAAAAGUGCAUUACAUCUGACAGUGCCCAGUA